AUGCUAAAUUCUUUGGAGUAUCUAAAAACCCCGAAAAAGGACAUAUUCUUAUCCAAAAACGCGCUGCGCAUUUUCGGACACAUUAAAUCAGCCCUUGCCAAAGUGAUCAUGUUGGCACAUCCCGAUACAGACGCUGAUCUUCACCUCUUGACGGAUGCCUCCGACCGGGCUGUGGCUGGUGCCCUCUAUCAGAUUGUUGAUGGAGCUCAUCAGCCUCUCGGUUUCUACUCUCGAAAACUCAAUGCAAAAGAGCAGAGAUACAGCACCUUUAUCCACGAACUCUUGGCGGUCUAUUCAUCAGUGAAAUACCUCACAUGUAUGCUAAUUCGAAAGCAAUUUCGCGUUUUAACUGAUUACAAACCUCUGUCCGGAGCCUUUAAGAGCGCUUCAGACAAGUAUUCCCCGCGCGAAUUCCGCCAGAUGGACUACACCUCACAAUUCACCAGCGAUGUGUGCUGUGUAAAACGAGCAUACGUCGCAGACACCCUCUCCAGCAUUGACAUGGUUUCCGUUGGCUAA